AAACAAUGGAAUGAAAAUAUCUAUAACCCCCACAUAGACCACAAGCUUGAAAAAUUUUUUUAUUAAUCCUUACAAGCUACAAUAUAACUCACAUUAUCAAAGAUAUUAAAUUAUGCUAAUAACUUUUAACUCACGAGCCAACAAGCGAGAGAAGAAAAUUAAGCAACCAGAGCACUUAACCACGAUUCCAAACUCUCCCUUGUGUGAUCCUAAGGAAGCAGAUACAUUAGCUAUGCUGCCAGUUAUUCCUAAACCACGAACACCUCCAAAUGUUAAAGUAAUAGUUAGUUCCAACGACUUUUAUCGGUUUAAAGAUACAUGUCGAUCCAAGAAUGGUUGUUUGACAUGUAAGAUUAGGAAAAAGAAAUGUGACGAAACCCGUCCAGUUUGUUCAGACUGUCAACGGUUGAAAAAGAAAUGUACCUGGGUAGAUUAUGAAACCAUGACUGAAGAAGAGAUUAAGAAGUUGAAGGAAAGUGUCGAACGGGAAGAGAGUCAACGGAAACUAAGAAAGAGGAAAUCAAAGGAAAAACCUAAUUCUCCUGAUAAGCGCAAAAGACAUGAUUCAGAUACCGGAGAUCCAUUGACUGCUUUUGGAUAUGAUGCUGCACCUGAUGAAAAGAAAACAGCAACUGCUGAUUCUCCAACAUUACUAAGUUUAAUGAGUCCUGGUGAAAUCAAGAAUGAACAUAAUGGUUACCAUUCGCCGUCUUCCCCCUCUGCUUUCUUGAAUUUGCUCCGUGAAAUAAGUGGUAGUCAGUCACCAAAUCAACUAAUCCCAACGGGUAAAAAGUGUGGCGAAAUUGAAGAUUAUCUGGGUCUAGAUUUUCAACAUCUUGUCACUUCUCCUAGUUUUGCAUCCUUUGUUGAGUCCUUAGAUCGAACCUCGUCAACAUAUGCUAACUUGAUUUCAGAUUCAAACACAUUCCUAACGCCAUUGCCAGCUAGUCCCCCUUCAUAUAUUCCUGAAUUAAAGGAUUCAACUUGUUCAUAUCUCUACAAUUAUUAUGUGGAAGUGCUAUCCAAAUUGGUUUCUAUUGCCCCAAGUUCCCAAAAUGAUUCUAAUUCCUAUCAAAAGGUGUUUCUUCCUUUAGCCCAUCGAGAUAAGGGAGUGUUGUAUAGUAUACUAGCAUGGUCAGGGUUUCAUUUAGGCGGACAUUGGUCUGAAGAAGGGACAAAAUUUGCUGAUUAUGCCUUACGUCAUAUAAAACUUAAUGAACAGGAUAAUGAUCGACAAUCAAUAUUGAAUAAGUUGGCGACAUUAUUGAUAUUGUGUGGGGCUGAAAUUUGUAAGGGUGAUGUGAAUAAUUGGCCAAUAUAUUUGAAUUGGGGAUGGAAGCUUCUUGCUUCUAAUGGUGGUAUUCUAAAGUUUAAUAAUCUGAAAGAAGAACAUUGGUUAAUUUCAAAUUUUGCCUAUCAUGAUUUAUUGGCAAGUUCGUCGAUUGAACGAGGAACAUAUUUCCCAUCCCAGGAUUAUGAUGAGAUUUUCAAGGAUAGAAAUGGGUUUUCACGAGGAAGUUUGAAUCCAUUGGUGGGGAUUUCCAAGAAGUUAUACCGAAUAAUAGGUGAUAUAUGUACGUUGCUUUACCAAAGUAAGAAAAUCCUUCGAGAAUUUUAUCAAUUGGAUUCCCCUCCUUCUGACGAUAGUCAUCAUAGUCCUAUUGAAGAAGAAGUUUUAGAUGAUGUAGACUCAGACAUCAGUGACCAUGGAAGAGCAAGUAGGUUAUUACAAUCUGUGAUUGAAAAAGUCAAACUAUUAGAAAAAGAAAUUGAAGAAUCGAAACCGGAGAAACAAGACUUGAUUGAUUUAACUGACCAAGAACUUGAAUUGCAAUUAACUUUAUUUGAAGCAUUCCAAUUAAGUUCAAAAUUGUUUCUUCGACAAUCAAUCAUGAAAUGUAAUCCUUCGAUGUUGGAAAGUCAAGUGUUGAACAAUGAUUUGAUCAAGUGUUUGGAUAUAUUGGUGGGUACAUCAGUGCAGGCGUCGUUAGUAUUCCCGAUCUUUAUAUCAGGAAUUCAUUGUGUCAGCAAACACUCCCGAGAAGUUAUGAGUGCUAGAAUUGAAGAGUAUAUGAAACUAUAUGGUAUGUGGAAUGUCAGCAGAGUAAAGUUUUUAAUGGAAAGAAUCUGGGAAGAGAACCCUACUGGGAACCAAGUUGUUGACUGGCAUAAUCUUUUAAAGGAAUUUGGUUGGGACCUUAAUUUUGCUUAAAUAGGGUGUGUAUAAUUUAAUGUAUUAGUUAUUCUGUAACU